AAUACAUUUAAAAAUCUAUAAUAUGGGUUUGGUCUAGAUGAUAUAAUUUAGUAUUAUUUAAAUUAUUUCAGAAAUACCUUUGAUGUUGAUGAUGAAAAAUUGCAUUUAACAUUCACAUAAUGCACUACUUAUUAAUUUUUAGUGUGAUUAUUCAAAUCUCGUUUUGCGUAUUUGCUCGAGAACCAGAAACAUAUGUUUUGUUUACUAAUAGAAAAAAUGAACUUAACGUUAAAAGGUUUGGUAAAUUUGAAAAGACUUCAAAACAAUUGUUACUCACUUCUUUUGUGGAAAAUGACGACGUAGAAACAACUGAUAACAACAAUGGGGGCAAUAUAAACAUUUUAAAUUAUAAGACGUCUUCUAAUAGUAAAGAAUGUAUGGACUUUGAUCAUUUAGCUAAUAAUAUAAAUACUACAUUAAAAGUAUGUGUCGAUCUUGGAAAUUCUUUGUGGUUUGGUGGACCUGAAAGAAGUGAGCAAUUAUGGCCAUUGAAUAAAUUUAGAAUGACAGAAUAUCCAUUUGUUUCAACUGGAGAGGUUGAGAGCCAAGCAGUCCUAGAGUCUUAUUUUUUAAGCUCAGAUGGUUUCUAUAUUCACAUAGAUGAUUCAGUUCCACUAUUUUUGGAUAUCAAUGGACAGUACACACAAGAAAAAAUGUGCUUUACGUCCAAAGUACAACCACCUUAUAGAAAAACUGAAAAUCGAUUAAAAUAUCGAGUAUGUCGAUAUGAAAAUGCCAAAAUAGCUCAUCAAAAAGCUAUAAAUGAUGUUCUCGGGAAGCCUAAUUCAGCACCAAGUUCGUUCUUGGUAAAAAAUCCUAUUUGGUCUACAUGGGCCAAGUACAAAACAAAAAUUGAUUCACAAAAAGUAUUAGAUUAUGCCAAUCAAAUUGUUGAUAAUGGAUAUCCUAAGGGACAACUUGAAAUUGAUGAUGAUUGGGAAACAUGUUAUGGCAGUGCAGAAUUUAAUCAAAACAAAUUUCCAUAUAUCAAAAAACUAGUAUCAACGCUACAUGAUAUGGGUUUCCAAGUUUCUCUUUGGGUACAUCCGUUCGUUCAGAUGAAUUGUGAUGUCUUUAAUGAACUAUUAGAUAAAAAAUACUUUGUGAAUAGUACAAAUGGUAUUGUAAAUACGAAAUGGUGGAAUGGUGUUGCUGGUCACAUAGAUUUUACAAACCCUUACGCUGCUAGAUGGUGGUCAAAUAGAUUAUUCAAAUUACUCGAUUACACUAAAAUUGACACUUUAAAAUUUGAUGCUGGUGAAAGUACAUGGUGCCCCCAAUUACCAGUGUAUUACAAUAAUGAUUUAACAUACUACCCAGACAAUAUUGUUAACGCAUAUAUUGAUACAAUAUCACAAUUUGGUGAUAGAAUUGAGUAUAGAACAGCCAGGAGAGUACAGAAACAAGGAAAAUUCGUGCGAAUGAUUGACAGAGAAUCUCGAUGGAAUUGGAAAUUAGGAUUGCAAUCUCUUGUAACUGCUUUACUACAUUUUAACAUGGUAGGUUAUCCGUAUGUGUUACCAGAUAUGAUUGGCGGGAAUGUAUACAAUGAUGAUAAAAUCUCAGAAGAAUUAUUCAUUAGAUGGAUGCAAGCUAAUACAUUUAUGCCAGUAGUACAAUUUUCAAUCCCUCCCUGGGAUUUUGGAGAAAAGACUGCAAAAAUUUGCAAAAAAUUUUGGAAUCUUCACUUACAAUAUGCUGAUGUUAUUGUAAAAUUAAUGGAAAAUGCAGUAAAAAAUGGUGAUCCAAUAAAUCCUCCAAUAUGGUGGAUUGAUCCAAAUGAUCCAACAGCCUUUUCUAUCGAUGACGAAUUUCUUUUGGGCGAAGACAUUCUCGUAGCUCCAGUUAUGGUUCAGAAUGCUACAAAACGAAACAUUUAUCUUCCAGCCGGUAAAUGGAAAGAUAUGAAUAAUCCUAAUGAACCUUUAAUUGACGGUAAAAUAUGGGUAUAUGAUUAUGCCGCUGACAUCGAAAUUCUUCCUUGGUUUAUUCGAAUGAAUGACGAAGAAGAAAAAUUAACUUCUUCAGCCUCAAAAAUUUCAGAUUUUAAUCAGUUAAAAUUUAAGGCAACUAUAUUUGUUAUUUUAAUGACUUUAAUUUCCUACUUUUUAUGAUUGUAGUGAUAAAAAUCAAAUAUUAUUUGUAUGAUAUUAAUGUAUGAACUAUCAUUAAAACAAUGAAAAUUUUGCUAAUACUAAAAAAAUUACCUAACGAUCUCCAAUUUUCAAUAUAUUUGUUUUAAAUAAAAGAACUUUGAGGGAUUUUUAAAAAAUUAUUUGCGAAUAUAAUAAUUUUUUUUUUUUACACUCCGUUCAGAUUUUAUUAUAUUCAAAGCUGUCAAUAUAUCUGGAUGCCUCUGUUUUGAUUUUUUAAUCUUAAGUUUUAAUGUUCAUAAAGCUGCGUCAAUAGGUAUGAUAGCAGAUUCAGGAGUUCCUUAAAUAUAUUUAAAAAAUAUAUUAUACAUCUGAACUAAGACACAAUGAGAUAUAUAUAUAAGUUAUUUUAUUUUUUACAACAUAAAAUCUCAUUUUAUUCAACCUGUUCUUGUUUAGAAUUUGAUUUUCAAAUGAAAUUUGGUUAUUCUUACUAUUUAAUAUCAAACCUAAUUUUUCUUUUACAUUAUGGCGACAUUGACGUAAAAAUUUAUGAAUAACACCAGGGCUCAUUCAUUUAUUUAAUAUGCAGCUUAUUUCUUACCAAGCGUGGUUUGUAGCCACAACAAUGUCUUUUUUUUUUUAUUUUAUAAUUAAUAGCAGAAGAAAUAAAUAAUAAAUUAUAAUUUUCUUGAUGUUAAAAUUAAGUAAAUUUUAAAAAUUUUAUAAUUAAGAUAAAAUUAACUAUACUCUAAUAUUUGUUCUUUUAAAAAUUAAAGUUAGAUAAUAUUUUUAAGUUAAUUUAAAAAUUUGAUUUUCCUUGUAUUUUUGAUAUAAAAAUAUUAAAGUUUAUUUAUGUUAAAGUCAACAUUUAUUUUAAACAUUGGAGUAGAAUGUGACAAGUGAUAUUCAAUCAACUUUAAUAUAUAGGUGCAAAUCUUAGGUUAUUUUACAAGAGACAUGAAUUUUAAAUAGAAUUUAUGAGUUACAAACUGUAACAUUUAAUUAAUAUUAAAACAUGACAUGAUCACUGGGGAUUGAUAGCCGGCUAUCGAAACACUACUAAAAAUCAUGUGAAAAAAAGGAGGAAAGCACGGAAUUAGAGCUUGAGACCUACCCCUUGAUCACCGUGCACUUAUGAUUCAAUAUCCUAUACACUUCCAUAUAGGUUGAUAACGUAAUUUACAGCCGACAGAAACACUGUAUCGUUUUGAAUAUUUUAAACUUUAAAUUUUUUUAUUGUGUGCUGUAAAUACUUUAAGAGAAUAGCAUUUAUUAUUUUCUAGUUUAUAUAUAAAUUCUAUCUUAUUAAAAAUUAA